AUGGCUCGAUCCAAAAUGCCGAUAUUGAUCAAAUCAACACAGGAUCAGUUACCGGAAAACGUACAGAAAAUAAUAACAAGUGAGAAAGAACUUCAGGAGAAUCCCUCAAAGCGACCACGAGUUGACCUACAAUCUCUUCCUACCAGAGCGUAUCUGGAUACCACCGUAGUCCCCAUACUGCUGAGUGGAAUGUCGGUUCUAGCCAAAGAAAGACCACCUAACCCUAUAGAAUACCUCGCAGCCUAUUUAUUGAAGAACAAAAAUCAGUUUGAAUGAGAGAGGGGAUAUCAUCAGGGGUAGAUUACUCUCUCUAGACAUUGUUAUUAUUCAUGUUAUUUGUGUCAGGUGUACUCUUUUAUGUCAUUGUAAAUAAACAGGAAAACACAUCAUA